ACAAGUGAUGUUUGCCAAGGCAACCGCAAACUUUGUCCGUCAGAUUGACCCGGAUGGAACUCUGAUCUCUGUCUCCCGCCUUAACGACUCAGACAAAUUGGUUCCCAUGGCACUGGUCGUCAAGCGCAACCGUUUCUGGUUCUGGCAACAGCCCAAGUACCAGCCCUCUGGCUUCACACUCAGUCACCUGUUGUUAGGAGACAAAGAGCUCACUCCAGACGUGUCUGAGUCAGACUUCCUGUCGUAUGAGGGGAGGUUUGGAGACAACCUGAGUGGGAAGCUGGACGUCAAGGCUGGGAACGUCAGUGUCAACUUGGAGGGGGGGGGCUAUUCCAAGCUCCAAUCAUCAUUCAGCAAGCUGAAGAAGCAGGAUGUUGAUGUACAGAAGCUACUGCUAGCCUCCAAUGACAGGGUAGUGGACAUGCAGCAUGGUCUAGUGCAGCAGUGUCAGAAGCAUACGGAGGUGUUUGCUGUGUUGAAGGAGAGGGUCCUAACCACCACCCCCUGCUCCAUCUCAGAACAGGUCCAGGAACAGGGCACCUGCCAGAGGGUUCUGGGACUACUGGGCAACCUGGGGACACAUGCUGUACAGGAGAAUGGCAGUAUAGAGAUGGACAGUAACGUUUCCUUGGAGAUUCCCCCUCUCACUGUCAUCGCCUACAGCCUCAUAGAGUUAGAGGUCAGGAAAGACGGACACUAUGAGCUGUGUCUCCAGCAUGGUACUCUGGGAGGAUUCGAGGCAGACUCUGGGAGGACCUCGCCAUCCCAGGAUUCCUUUGACGCCCUGUGUGUAGUGGACGGGCUGGAGUGGAUGGAGAAGGAGAUUCCUGAAGGAGCACCACUCGGCACACUGCAGAAAAACUUGCAGGGGUUGGACUUGGAGGUCUAUGCAGGUCAGUUAGCGGUUCUCCCAGAGUCGACCCGGUUAGCUCUGUUCCAAAGACUCCUGGACGUUCUAGUGGACAGAACCACACUCUCAGUUCUGGAACACAUGUUGGAGGGGUUGUGCAGAGGUGAGGAACCUGACCCUGCAGAGGUAAAUCAAUUAGCUGUGACUCAAAACAAAUCUGUUUUCGCCCUAUUGGACCUGGUCCAGAAAGGCCCAACCAAUGAGAUACAGGCUGACAGAGCCUCCGCCUCCCCUCACCUGACCGCCACUCAUCUGCUGGUCAGCGCCUUGGAGGCGUUGCCUGAAGCUGCUCUGACUCUGCUGGGAGAAUCUAGCCCUGAUGUCCUGGAAGCUCUCAACACUCUGGUGACCAAGCUAAAGGUAAACAGUCAGUCCCUCCCCCUUGAGUCGCUGCCCCUCCCCCUACAGGAUGAGGGGGCAUUCCAUUGGGCAGAGCAGCUCCUCUUCUCCUCCAAAGUGACGCUGCGGAGAGAGACUGACAGGAUGUGGGCGGAGACAGGAAGAAAGCCAGGAGUGUUUCCAUUGGUCAUGUGCAUCGCUGUGCAGGGACUGACAUCUCUGUAUGCUGGUAAAGGGUAGCAUGCAUAGAUGGAUGGAUGGGUAUGUUUAAAAUGUAUUACGUUUUAUCAAUUCCAGUCCAUCGCUUGUGUGUUUGCCCUAUAUACAGUCGUGGCCACAAGUUUUGAGAAUGACACAAAUAUUAAUUUCCACAAAGUUUGCUGCUUCAGUGUCUUUAGAUAUUUUUGCCAGAUGUGACUAUGGAAUACUGAAGUAUAAUUACAAGCAUUUCAUAGGCUUUUAUUGACAAUUACAUGAAGUUGAUGCAAAGAGUCAAUAUUUGCAGUGUUGACCCUUCUUUUUCAAGACCUCUGCAAUCCGCCCUGGCAUGCUGUCAAUUAACUUCUGGGCCACAUCCUGACUGAUGGCAGCCCAUUCUUGCAUAAUCAAUGCUUGGAGUUUGUCAGAAUUUGUGGGUUUUUGUUUGUCCACUUGCAUCUUGAGGAUUGACCACAAAUUCUCAAUGGGAUUAAGGUCUGGGGAGUUUCCUGGCCAUGGACCCAAAAUAUCGUUGUGUUGUUCCCCGAGCCACUUAGUUAUCACUUUUGCCUUAUGACAAGGUGCUCCAUCAUGCUGGAAAAGGCAUUGUUCGUCACCAAACUGUUCCUGGAUGGUUGGGAGAAGUUGCUCACGGAGGAUGUGUUGGUACCAUUCUUUAUUCAUGUCUGUGUUCUUCGGCAAAAUUGUGAGUGAGCCCACUCCCUUGGCUGAGAAGCAACCCCACACUUGAAUGGCCUCAGGAUGCUGGACUGAUGUUAGCGCUCACCUUGUCUUCUCCGGACAAGCUUUUAUCCGGAUGCCCCAAACAAUCGGAAAGGGGAUUCAUCAGAGAGAAUGACUUUACCCCAGUCCUCAGCAGUCCAAUCCCUGUACCUUUUGCAGAAUAUCAGUCUGUCCCUGAUGUUUUUCCUGGAGAGAAGUGGCUUCUUUGCUGCCCUUCUUGACACCAGGCCAUCCUCCAAAAGUCUUCACCUCACUGUGCGUGCAGUUAAACUCACACCUGCCUGCUGCCAUUCCUGAGCAAGCUCUGUAUUGGUGGUGCUCCGAUCCCGCAGCUGAAUCAACUUUAGGAGACGGUCCUGGCACUUGCUGGACUUUCUUGGGCUCCCUGAAGCCUUCUUCACAACAAUUGAACCGCUCUCCUUGAAGUUCUUGAUGAUCCAAUAAAUGGUUGAUUUAGGUGCAAUCUUACUGGCAGCAAUAUCCUUGCCUGUGAAGCCCUUUUUGUGCAAACCAAUGAUGACGGUUCCUUGCAGGUAACCAUGAUUGACAGAGGAAGAACAAUGAUUCCAAGCACCACCCUCCUUUUGAAGCUUCCAGUCUGUUAUUCAAACUCAAUCAGCAUGACAGAGUGAUCUCCAGCCUUGUGCUCGUCAACACUCACACCUGUGGUAACAAAAGAAUCCCUGACAUGAAGUCUGCUGGUCCUUUUGUGGCAGGACUGAAAUGCAGUGGAAAUGUUUUAAUGUGAUUUGCAUGGCAAAGAGGGACUUUGCAAUUCAUCUGAUCACUCUUCAUAACAUUCUGGAGUAUCUGCAAAUUGCCAUCAUACAAACUGAGGCAGCAGACUCUGUGAAAAUUAAUAUUUGUGUCAUUCUCAAAACCAUUGGCCAUGACUGUACACUCAAUGAAUUUUGUAUUUUUGGAGACACUUAUAAAAAGCUGUAAGAGAAUCUACUCCAGAAUAGAUUUUCAGAAACUUUAAUGUGUUUGGAAAGAAGUUGAAAGCCGAAGUCAUUUGUGAUUGAGUCGACAUACCAUUUACCGUGAACACCGUCUCCACUAAAGCAGGAGAAUUGCCUUAAAAUGUAAAGCUGAACUUAUGCAAUGCGGAUUGAAUAGAGCCCUCACAGUAUAUUACCUCUACAUUUAAUGUAGAAGUGUUUAUAAAUAUAGUAUAUUCUUAUUUUACAAUAAAAGUGACUCAAAUGACACAAUGCAUAAUUUUGUACUGAAGAAUGUUUGUUUCAAAUGCUUGUUUUGUUUUUCACGUUUUGUGUUUGCUUUUCAUGUAUUGUGCAAUUGAUGUGUAUAUAGUUACAGGUAACUGCCAAAAUAAAGGAAACAUCAACAUAAAGUGUCUUAAUAUAGUAUUGGUCCACCGCAAUCCAGAACAGUUUCAAUGUGCCUUGGCAUGAUUCUACAAGUGUCUGGAACUCUAUUGGAGGGAUGCGACACCAUUCUUCCACCAGAAAUGUCAUCAUUUGGUGUUUUUUGUUAUAGUGGUGGAAAACGCUGUCUCAGGCGCCACUCCAGAAUCUUCCAUGAGUUUAAUUGGGUUGAGAUCUGAUGUCUUGAGACGACCACGGCAUAUGGCUGACAUCGUUUUCAUGCUCAACAAACCUUUCAGGCAC